UAUAGCUAACUCCUAAAGCUCUCAUUCUUUCUGCCUGCCCCCUCUCAUUUUCAGACUGUUACCUUCUUGCACUCUUUCUGCCUGAACUCCUCCCUCCAUCUCUAUCUCCUCCCAGCAGCUCUGGAAGUCCCCUUCAAUAUACUUUCACUUUCACUUGAAGGUUUUGUGGCCCAAAACUAGAGGGACAACAGACAGACAGCUAAUAGAUUUAUUUUGUUCAUUUUCUCAGUUAUGGCUUCUUUAGAGAUUUCACAGGCUGCCAAGGACAAGGUGGAUGGAUUUCAGAAACAGUUCUGCUUGGAGGCCAAUAAGCUGGUGUCAUCUGGGUUCCCAAAUAAGAUUUCUGAGUUGGACCAGUUCCUGAGUUCUCCAGAACUGAAUGUUUCUGAUCUGACAACACUGCGGGCUGAACUGGACAUCCCAAUACCAGAUCCAGAAAAAGAGAAGCAGAAGGAGAGAGAGAAAAAAGAAAAAGGCGAAAAAGACGGGAAAAAGAAAGAGGACGAAGAGGACAAAGGUCCCCCCUGUGGUCCCAUUGCCUGCAACGAGAAAAUUGCUAGCCUGCAGAAGAAAAUCAGAAGUGAAAUCAAAGAUGCAAAAGAAAACCUGAAUGUGGUCUCCCUUUGGCUGCAGCUUCAGAUUCCUCAGAUUGAAGAUGGGAAUAACUUCGGUGUUGCUGUUCAGGAAAAGGUGUUUGAACUGAUGACAAGCCUGAGAACCAAGUUAGAUGCUUCCCAAACUCAGAUAGCAAAGUAUCUUUCUGAUCGAGGUGAUGCAGUGGCCAAGGCAGCAAAAACUCCUCAUGUGGGAGAUUACCGUGCUCUUGUUCACCAGUUGGAUGAAGCCCAGUAUUCUGAGCUACGCAUUACAGCUUUGGAGAUAAGGAACUUCUAUGCUACCCUGUAUGAUAUAAUUACCAAGAAUUAUGCCAAGAUAAAGAGACCUCGGGGAGAUGCCAAACGACUCAUCUACUGAACAUAUUUUACCCCCAUCUGGAAUAUAUUUUAUUUGAUUUUUACAGUUACUGUUUCAUGAAAUGAAUAUCUGCUGUCUAUACUGUAAUAAAAUGUUGAAUCCCAAAA